UCCAGUUGCAGGCUCUGAGACAGCGCCACAGCUCCAGUGGUGAGCUAACAGGAGGGUGUCUCAGAAGUGCGCCUGUGUGUCCCGUCUGUGUCCCACCGACUCCUGUGUGCGCCCCGGCUAGCUAUCGGCCCCCCAUCUCAUCUCAUCCGUGUGCUUCUUUGCCAGGACCACUGACUGAAGGGGAAAUACCAGAAGGAUAAUGACCCAGCGGUUACAGUGUUGUUGGAGUGCAGAUUUCUAACCCAAGACUGUGGAAUACGUUGAUUCAAACUCAGGGUACCUUAUCUGGUGCUACAUUUAAAACAAAAAUGAGAAAGCGGCAGCUGCUGCCACCGUGCGCCCUUCUCUGGGUGCUGCUGGUGUGCUCUGGCCUGCUUCCCCAGACUUCUGCGCAGGCCGAAGAGUCAGCUGACCUAGUACUCUUAAUUGAUGGAUCAGAGAACGUUGGAGCUGCCAACUUCCCUCGUGUCCGCGAUAUCGCCCUGAAAGUGAUCGAAAAGCUAAACGUGGACAGGGAAGCCAUCCGAGUGGCCGUGGCCCUGUAUGGCGCCGACCCCGAGAUUAAGUUCUAUCUCAAUAGCCACGAAAGCAAAGGGUCGGUCCAGACUGCCAUACAGGGGCUGACAUUCCCAGGUGGCGAUGAGGCAAAUUUGGGCACUGCCUUGGAGGAAGUAGUUGAAAGCCUUCUGAGCCCAGACUCAGGGGGAAGGGCAGAUGAGGGCGUGCCCCAGAUCCUUGUUGUAAUCAGUGCAGGGCAGUCCAGCGAUGAUAUCAGUUUAGGGGAGCAGGCCUUAAGGGAGUCCAAUGUCUAUACGUUUGGCGUGGCCAUUGGUGAGACGGCCAGGAGCACUAUGGAAGCAGUGGCAUCCGAUUCAAGCUUUGUGGUAAAUGCUCCUGAUUUGACAGCUGUGGAUAGCAUGGCUGACCAACUGCUACCAUAUAUUAACGGUGUGGCUCAGCGGCAUAUUGUGUUACACACUCAAAUUACUCAAGCCAUCCAAGUUGGGAACAGGGACAUCAUUUUUCUAAUUGACAGCACAAUGGGUGCGACAUCUCUGAAUGCUGUGCGUGAGUUUAUCAGAAAGUUUGUUGACUCCAUGCCAAUAGGACCUGACCAAGUGCAAGUUGGUGUGGCACAGUUUACCACAACCCCCAGUUUAUUGUUUGACCUGAACACAUACAACUCAAAAGAGUCAAUGGGGGAUGCGCUGGCCAGAAUUCGCCCCAAGGUUGCACCUUCUGUAAAAAUCGGUGCUGCGUUAGACUUUGUGAGGACCAACAUGCUGAGAUCAGAAAAGGGCAGUCGGAUCCAAGAAGGCAUUCCCCAGCUCAUGUUGUUGCUGACCAGCAAGAAGUCAAGUGACAGUGUUGAACAAGCAGCCACGGCCCUCCAGCGCAUGGGUGUUCUCACCAUGGCCACUGGAUCAAAAGCCGCUGACCAGGCAGAACUUCAGAGGAUAGCUUUUGAUCCGACUCUGGUGUUCAUGUUAAAGGAUUUCCGUAUGUUGCAACGCCAACCAAAACAGAUAGUGUCUCCUCUCUCUACAUUAUCAGGAGUUGUUAUUACAGAGUCACCAACAGAGCCAGUGGUGGAAAUAACAACAGUGCAGACCCAGAAGGUGGUUAGAGAUAUUAUCUUCCUGGUGGAUGGGUCAGACUACGUUGGUAAUGCAAACCUACCCUUUAUCAAGACCUUCAUCAAUGGCAUCGUUAACCGCCUAGAUGUGAGGCCAGAGCGGGCGCGAAUUGGGCUGAUGCAGUAUUCUGACAAGCCGAAGACAGAAUUCUAUCUGAACAGCCACAAUAACAAGCAAGACGUUCUUGCUGCCAUUUCACAGCUGCGUCUGAUGGGAGGUCGUACUUUGAACACUGGUGCUGCCCUUGCUAAUGCCCUGGACAAUAAUUUCAAGCCACUUAGGAGACCGGGAGUCCAACAGGUGCUUGUUCUUAUCACCGGAGGUCCUUCCGAAGAUGAACAAACGGCAAAAAGAAUGGCAGACAAACUGGCAGUGGAAGGAAUUCUAACCUUUGCAGUGGGUGCAGACCAAGCUGAUGGAACCUUCCUUACCAAUGUUGCCUUUGUCCCACAACUGGCCUACUAUGAGAACCGUUUUGAUUCCCUACCAGACGUCGUUGAGCGGAUAUUUACACCACUGAUAACAGUGGUUGGAGACACAGAGGCUGUGGCACCACCCGCACCACCCCCUGGAGGAGAGAGAGAUGUGGCAUUCUUGAUUGAUGGCACUGACGCUGUCAGAGCAGACUUUCCAUACAUCCGUGACUUCAUCAGGAAGGUCAUAGAGCCUCUUGACAUUGGAACCGACAAAGUCCGAAUUUCUGUGGUGCAGCACAGCGAAAGGCCAACACCAAGCUUUUACCUGAACACCUAUAACACCAAAGAUCAAGUAAUGACAGCUGUCAGUAACAUGAACCUGGCUGGAGGGCGAAGCCUGAACACUGGUGCUGCACUGAAGUUCAUGAAGGACACCAUCCUUUCAGCUUCGCAUGGCAGCCGAGCAGCCCAGAAUGUCCCACAGUUUUUGAUUGUGCUCACUGGUGGAAGAUCACGAGACAAUGUCAGGGACCCAGCUGGAGACCUGAAGACUACAGGAGUGGUGCCGUUUGGUGUUGGUGUGAAGGAUGCGGACCCCAAACAGAUUGAAGACAUCUCUCACAAUCCAUCCUUCGCUUUCAAAGUGAAGGAGUUUAGUGAGCUCGACACGGUCCAGGCGAAGCUCAACCAGAUUGUGAAUCUUCCCAAAGAAGAGCUGGUCGUUGUUCUGGAGCAGGUUGAAUUAGAUGCUGCACAAAGAGACAUUGUUUUUCUGCUGGAUGGAUCUGAUGACACUAGGGAUGAAUUCCCUGCUAUUCUGCAGUUUGUGGAAAAUGUGGCAGAGAAACUCAGUGUGGACCAAAAUCAUGACCAGUUGUCUGUGGUCCAGUACAGCAGGGACCCAGUGGUUAAUUUCCAUCUUAACACUCACGAGUCAAAGAGAGAUGUCAUCAGUGCUAUCAGGAACCUGCGACACAAAGGGGGAAGUCCACAGAACUUGGGAGCAGCCCUUGACUAUGUUAAACAAAAUGUUUUUUCCCCUUCUUCUGGAAGUAGACAUCUUGAAGGUGUUCCCCAAAUUCUCAUUGUGUUGACGGGUGGAAGGUCACAGGAUGAUGUUAGGCGUGCUGCUAUAGGCCUAAAAGAAGAGAAGAUUUUGUCAUUCACAGUUGGAACACAAAAUGCAGAUAUAAUUCAACUACAAACUGUAGCUCACAUCCCUAGCUACACUAUUUCCAUUCGUCGUUUUGGAGACCUUCAAAGCAUUCAACACAAACUUCUGUCAUUUGUAAAACAUGUCCCUCGCUCACCAAGAUUGCCGUCUCCACCUGUAGUAGAUUCAUCUGGUCUCUCAAAUAUCCAACAACAACUUCUGUCUGCAAUGACCUCCCUUCAAAUUGAGACCACAGACUUGUCACCAACAGUCAAUGUUGACAGAUCAUUGUCCCGAAAAGACGUGGUGUUCAUGCUGGAUGGUUCCGAUGGAACAAGGAACGUGUUCCCAGCAGUGCUUGACUUUGUUCAGAGAGUGGUGGAGAAACUAAAUGUGGGUGAGGGCAAAGACCGUGUGUCUGUGGUCCAGUACAGCAGAGACCCAGUGGCCCACUUCUACCUAAACACCCACUCAAGGAAGGAAGAUGUUCUUGAGAAUGUUAGAAGUCUGAGACAUAAAGGAGGAAGGCCCCUCAACACUGGUGCAGCUCUCCAGUAUGUGAGGGAGAACGUGUUCACAGCCUCCUCCGGUUCUAGACGCUUAGAAGGUGUGCCACAAAUGCUGAUCCUGCUUAGCGGUGGAAAGUCUUUUGACAGCGUGGACGCUCCAGCCUCGGCUCUUAAACAGCUGGGAGUGCAGAUCCUUCCAAUUGGAAGCAGGAACUCUGACAGCAGAGAGCUGCAGAGGAUCUCACACGACCCUAGUUACGCAAUGUCAGUGUCCGACUUCAGUGACCUUCCAAGUGUUCAACAGCAACUUCUCUCUGUCGUGAGCCCAGUAGUAGUGGAGGCCACUCCCAAAACACCGACAGUCAUAGCCGAGGGCCGUGCUGCCAGGAGAGACGUCAUACUCCUCCUUGAUGGUUCAGACGGAAAUAGGAAUGGAUUCACCGCCAUGCGUGACUUUGUUCAGAGAGUGGUGGAGAAACUCCAUGUGGAUGAAGGCAGAGACCGCGUUUCUGUGGUCCAGUACAGCCAAGAGCCCGAGGCUAGUUUCUAUCUGAACACCUACACCACAAAGGAAGAGGUUCUGGAACAUGUCCGCGGUCUGAGGCACAAAGGAGGGAGACCCCUCAACACCGGGUCAGCCCUCCAGUAUGUGAGAGACAGUGUCCUCAGUGAUUCCUCUGGCAGUAGACGCCUGCAGGGUGUCCCACAGAUACUGAUUUUACUGAACGGUGGAAGGUCUUCUGACAGUGUGGACACGCCAGCCUCUGCUCUUAGGGAGCUGGGAGUGAAAAUCUUUACCAUUGGCAACAGAUACUCUGACAGCAGAGAAUUGCAGAGGAUUUCAAAAGAGCCUAGCAAUGCAGUGUCAGUGUCUGACUUCAGUGACCUCCCCAGUGUUCAGGAGCAGCUCUUGGAUUCCGUAGAAACCGUUGUCGUCUCUGUGACACCAACAACCCCAACUGUCUUAGUUGACCAAACCGCACCCAGAAAGGAUGUUGUAUUCCUGCUGGAUGGCUCUGAUUACACUAGGAAUGCCUUCCCAGCUAUGAAGGACUUUGUUCAGAGGGUAGUGGAGAAGCUAAAUGUGAUGGAGAACAGAGAUCGUGUGUCUGUGGUCCAAUACAGCAGAGACCCAGAGGCCCAUUUCUAUCUGAACACAUACACAGGAAAGGAAGAAACUCUUGACGCUGUGAGAGCUCUGAGGCACAAAGGAGGCAGGCCCCUCAACACCGGGGCGGCUCUCCAGUACGUGAGAGACAGCGCCUUCUCUCCUUCCUCUGGCAGCAGACGGCAAGAGGGUGUUCCUCAAAUUCUAAUCCUGCUGAGCGGAGCGAGGUCUAGCGAUAACGUAGACACCCCAGCCACCUCUCUCAAAGAGAGUGGCGUCUUAAUCUUUGCUAUUGGCACCAAAAAUUCCAGCCGAGAGGUUGAGAAGAUUUCUUCCGAUCCUACCUAUGCCCAGUCUGUGUCAGACUUUUCGGAGCUGCCAAAUGUCCAGCAGCAAUUCCUGGCCUCUGUGAACACUGCUGUCUUGGAGGUAACACAGACAUCACCACCGGUUUUGGUUGACAGAAGAAUCCCCCGAAAAGACGUGGUGUUCAUGCUGGAUGGUUCCGAUGGAACAAGGAACGUGUUCCCAGCAGUGCUUGACUUUGUUCAGAGAGUGGUGGAGAAACUAAAUGUGGGUGAGGGCAAAGACCGUGUGUCUGUGGUCCAGUACAGCAGAGACCCAGUGGCCCACUUCUACCUAAACACCCACUCAAGGAAGGAAGAUGUUCUUGAGAAUGUUAGAAGUCUGAGACAUAAAGGAGGAAGGCCCCUCAACACUGGUGCAGCUCUCCAGUAUGUGAGGGAGAACGUGUUCACAGCCUCCUCCGGUUCUAGACGCUUAGAAGGUGUGCCACAAAUGCUGAUCCUGCUUAGCGGUGGAAAGUCUUUUGACAGCGUGGACGCUCCAGCCUCGGCUCUUAAACAGCUGGGAGUGCAGAUCAUUCCAAUUGGAAGCAGGAACUCUGACAGCAGAGAGCUGCAGAGGAUCUCACACGACCCUAGUUACGCAAUGUCAGUGUCCGACUUCAGUGACCUUCCAAGUGUUCAACAGCAACUUCUCUCUGUCGUGAGCCCAGUAGUAGUGGAGGCCACUCCCAAAACACCGACAGUCAUAGCCGAGGGCCGUGCUGCCAGGAGAGACGUCAUACUCCUCCUUGAUGGUUCAGACGGAAAUAGGAAUGGAUUCCCCGCCAUGCGUGACUUUGUUCAGAGAGUGGUGGAGAAACUCCAUGUGGAUGAAGGCAGAGACCGCGUUUCUGUGGUCCAGUACAGCCAAGAGCCCGAGGCUAGUUUCUAUCUGAACACCUACACCACAAAGGAAGAGGUUCUGGAACAUGUCCGCGGUCUGAGGCACAAAGGAGGGAGACCCCUCAACACCGGGUCAGCCCUCCAGUAUGUGAGAGACAGUGUCCUCAGUGAUUCCUCUGGCAGUAGACGCCUGCAGGGUGUCCCACAGAUACUGAUUUUACUGAACGGUGGAAAGUCUUCUGACAGUGUGGACACGCCAGCCUCUGCUCUUAGGGAGCUGGGAGUGAAAAUCUUUACCAUUGGCAACAGAUACUCUGACAGCAGAGAAUUGCAGAGGAUUUCAAAAGAGCCUAGCAAUGCAGUGUCAGUGUCUGACUUCAGUGACCUCCCCAGUGUUCAGGAGCAGCUCUUGGAUUCCGUAGAAACCGCUGUCGUCUCUGUGACACCAACAACCCCAACUGUCUUAGUUGACCAAACCGCACCCAGAAAGGAUGUUGUAUUCCUGCUGGAUGGCUCUGAUUACACUAGGAAUGCCUUCCCAGCUAUGAAGGACUUUGUUCAGAGGGUAGUGGAGAAGCUAAAUGUGAUGGAGAACAGAGAUCGUGUGUCUGUGGUCCAAUACAGCAGAGACCCAGAGGCCCAUUUCUAUCUGAACACAUACACAGGAAAGGAAGAAACUCUUGACGCUGUGAGAGCUCUGAGGCACAAAGGAGGCAGGCCCCUCAACACCGGGGCGGCUCUCCAGUACGUGAGAGACAGCGCCUUCUCUCCUUCCGCUGGCAGCAGACGGCAAGAGGGUGUUCCUCAAAUUCUAAUCCUGCUGAGCGGAGCGAGGUCUAGCGAUAACGUAGACACCCCAGCCACCUCUCUCAAAGAGAGUGGCGUCUUAAUCUUUGCUAUUGGCACCAAAAAUUCCAGCCGAGAGGUUGAGAAGAUUUCUUCCGAUCCUACCUAUGCCCAGUCUGUGUCAGACUUUUCGGAGCUGCCAAAUGUCCAGCAGCAAUUCCUGGCCUCUGUGAACACUGCUGUCUUGGAGGUAACACAGACAUCACCACCGGUUUUGGUUGACAGAAGAAUCCCCCGAAAAGACGUGGUGUUCAUGCUGGAUGGUUCCGAUGGAACAAGGAACGUGUUCCCAGCAGUGCUUGACUUUGUUCAGAGAGUGGUGGAGAAACUAAAUGUGGGUGAGGGCAAAGACCGUGUGUCUGUGGUCCAGUACAGCAGAGACCCAGUGGCCCACUUCUACCUAAACACCCACUCAAGGAAGGAAGAUGUUCUUGAGAAUGUUAGAAGUCUGAGACAUAAAGGAGGAAGGCCCCUCAACACUGGUGCAGCUCUCCAGUAUGUGAGGGAGAACGUGUUCACAGCCUCCUCCGGUUCUAGACGCUUAGAAGGUGUGCCACAAAUGCUGAUCCUGCUUAGCGGUGGAAAGUCUUUUGACAGCGUGGACGCUCCAGCCUCGGCUCUUAAACAGCUGGGAGUGCAGAUCAUUCCAAUUGGAAGCAGGAACUCUGACAGCAGAGAGCUGCAGAGGAUCUCACACGACCCUAGUUACGCAAUGUCAGUGUCCGACUUCAGUGACCUUCCAAGUGUUCAACAGCAACUUCUCUCUGUCGUGAGCCCAGUAGUAGUGGAGGCCACUCCCAAAACACCGACAGUCAUAGCCGAGGGCCGUGCUGCCAGGAGAGACGUCAUACUCCUCCUUGAUGGUUCAGACGGAAAUAGGAAUGGAUUCCCCGCCAUGCGUGACUUUGUUCAGAGAGUGGUGGAGAAACUCCAUGUGGAUGAAGGCAGAGACCGCGUUUCUGUGGUCCAGUACAGCCAAGAGCCCGAGGCUAGUUUCUAUCUGAACACCUACACCACAAAGGAAGAGGUUCUUGAACAUGUCCGCAGUCUGAGGCACAAAGGAGGGAGACCUCUCAACACCGGGUCAGCCCUCCAGUAUGUGAGAGACAGUGUCCUCAGUGAUUCCUCUGGCAGUAGACGCCUGCAGGGUGUCCCACAGAUACUGAUUUUACUGAACGGUGGAAAGUCUUCUGACAGUGUGGACACGCCAGCCUCUGCUCUUAGGGAGCUGGGAGUGAAAAUCUUUACCAUUGGCAACAGAUACUCUGACAGCAGAGAAUUGCAGAGGAUUUCAAAAGAGCCUAGCAAUGCAGUGUCAGUGUCUGACUUCAGUGACCUCCCCAGUGUUCAGGAGCAGCUCUUGGAUUCCGUAGAAACCGUUGUCGUCUCUGUGACACCAACAACCCCAACUGUCUUAGUUGACCAAACCGCACCCAGAAAGGAUGUUGUAUUCCUGCUGGAUGGCUCUGAUUACACUAGGAAUGCCUUCCCAGCUAUGAAGGACUUUGUUCAGAGGGUAGUGGAGAAGCUAAAUGUGAUGGAGAACAGAGAUCGUGUGUCUGUGGUCCAAUACAGCAGAGACCCAGAGGCCCAUUUCUAUCUGAACACAUACACAGGAAAGGAAGAAACUCUUGACGCUGUGAGAGCUCUGAGGCACAAAGGAGGCAGGCCCCUCAACACCGGGGCGGCUCUCCAGUACGUGAGAGACAGCGCCUUCUCUCCUUCCGCUGGCAGCAGACGGCAAGAGGGUGUUCCUCAAAUUCUAAUCCUGCUGAGCGGAGCGAGGUCUAGCGAUAACGUAGACACCCCAGCCACCUCUCUCAAAGAGAGUGGCGUCUUAAUCUUUGCUAUUGGCACCAAAAAUUCCAGCCGAGAGGUUGAGAAGAUUUCUUCCGAUCCUACCUAUGCCCAGUCUGUGUCAGACUUUUCGGAGCUGCCAAAUGUCCAGCAGCAAUUCCUGGCCUCUGUGAACACUGCUGUCUUGGAGGUAACACAGACAUCACCACCGGUUUUGGUUGACAGAAGAAUCCCCCGAAAAGACGUGGUGUUCAUGCUGGAUGGUUCCGAUGGAACAAGGAACGUGUUCCCAGCAGUGCUUGACUUUGUUCAGAGAGUGGUGGAGAAACUAAAUGUGGGUGAGGGCAAAGACCGUGUGUCUGUGGUCCAGUACAGCAGAGACCCAGUGGCCCACUUCUACCUAAACACCCACUCAAGGAAGGAAGAUGUUCUUGAGAAUGUUAGAAGUCUGAGACAUAAAGGAGGAAGGCCCCUCAACACUGGUGCAGCUCUCCAGUAUGUGAGGGAGAACGUGUUCACAGCCUCCUCCGGUUCUAGACGCUUAGAAGGUGUGCCACAAAUGCUGAUCCUGCUUAGCGGUGGAAAGUCUUUUGACAGCGUGGACGCUCCAGCCUCGGCUCUUAAACAGCUGGGAGUGCAGAUCCUUCCAAUUGGAAGCAGGAACUCUGACAGCAGAGAGCUGCAGAGGAUCUCACACGACCCUAGUUACGCAAUGUCAGUGUCCGACUUCAGUGACCUUCCAAGUGUUCAACAGCAACUUCUCUCUGUCGUGAGCCCAGUAGUAGUGGAGGCCACUCCCAAAACACCGACAGUCAUAGUCGAGGGCCGUGCUGCCAGGAGAGACGUCAUACUCCUCCUUGAUGGUUCAGACGGAAAUAGGAAUGGAUUCCCCGCCAUGCGUGACUUUGUUCAGAGAGUGGUGGAGAAACUCCAUGUGGAUGAAGGCAGAGACCGAGUUUCUGUGGUCCAGUACAGCCAAGAGCCCGAGGCUAGUUUCUAUCUGAACACCUACACCACAAAGGAAGAGGUUCUGGAACAUGUCCGCGGUCUGAGGCACAAAGGAGGGAGACCCCUCAACACCGGGUCAGCCCUCCAGUAUGUGAGAGACAGUGUCCUCAGUGAUUCCUCUGGCAGUAGACGCCUGCAGGGUGUCCCACAGAUACUGAUUUUACUGAACGGUGGAAGGUCUUCUGACAAUGUGGACACGCCAGCCUCUGCUCUUAGGGAGCUGGGAGUGAAAAUCUUUACCAUUGGCAACAGAUACUCUGACAGCAGAGAAUUGCAGAGGAUUUCAAAAGAGCCUAGCAAUGCAGUGUCAGUGUCUGACUUCAGUGACCUCCCCAGUGUUCAGGAGCAGCUCUUGGAUUCCGUAGAAACCGUUGUCGUCUCUGUGACACCAACAACCCCAACUGUCUUAGUUGACCAAACCGCACCCAGAAAGGAUGUUGUAUUCCUGCUUGAUGGCUCUGAUUACACUAGGAAUGCCUUCCCAGCUAUGAAGGACUUUGUUCAGAGGGUAGUGGAGAAGCUAAAUGUGAUGGAGAACAGAGAUCGUGUGUCUGUGGUCCAAUACAGCAGAGACCCAGAGGCCCAUUUCUAUCUGAACACAUACACAGGAAAGGAAGAAACUCUUGACGCUGUGAGAGCUCUGAGGCACAAAGGAGGCAGGCCCCUCAACACCGGGGCGGCUCUCCAGUACGUGAGAGACAGCGCCUUCUCUCCUUCCGCUGGCAGCAGACGGCAAGAGGGUGUUCCUCAAAUUCUAAUCCUGCUGAGCGGAGCGAGGUCUAGCGAUAACGUAGACACCCCAGCCACCUCUCUCAAAGAGAGUGGCGUCUUAAUCUUUGCUAUUGGCACCAAAAAUUCCAGCCGAGAGGUUGAGAAGAUUUCUUCCGAUCCUACCUAUGCCCAGUCUGUGUCAGACUUUUCGGAGCUGCCAAAUGUCCAGCAGCAAUUCCUGGCCUCUGUGAACACUGCUGUCUUGGAGGUAACACAGACAUCACCACCGGUUUUGGUUGACAGAAGAAUCCCCCGAAAAGACGUGGUGUUCAUGCUGGAUGGUUCCGAUGGAACAAGGAACGUGUUCCCAGCAGUGCUUGACUUUGUUCAGAGAGUGGUGGAGAAACUAAAUGUGGGUGAGGGCAAAGACCGUGUGUCUGUGGUCCAGUACAGCAGAGACCCAGUGGCCCACUUCUACCUAAACACCCACUCAAGGAAGGAAGAUGUUCUUGAGAAUGUUAGAAGUCUGAGACAUAAAGGAGGAAGGCCCCUCAACACUGGUGCAGCUCUCCAGUAUGUGAGGGAGAACGUGUUCACAGCCUCCUCCGGUUCUAGACGCUUAGAAGGUGUGCCACAAAUGCUGAUCCUGCUUAGCGGUGGAAAGUCUUUUGACAGCGUGGACGCUCCAGCCUCGGCUCUUAAACAGCUGGGAGUGCAGAUCCUUCCAAUUGGAAGCAGGAACUCUGACAGCAGAGAGCUGCAGAGGAUCUCACACGACCCUAGUUACGCAAUGUCAGUGUCCGACUUCAGUGACCUUCCAAGUGUUCAACAGCAACUUCUCUCUGUCGUGAGCCCAGUAGUAGUGGAGGCCACUCCCAAAACACCGACAGUCAUAGUCGAGGGCCGUGCUGCCAGGAGAGACGUCAUACUCCUCCUUGAUGGUUCAGACGGAAAUAGGAAUGGAUUCCCCGCCAUGCGUGACUUUGUUCAGAGAGUGGUGGAGAAACUCCAUGUGGAUGAAGGCAGAGACCGCGUUUCUGUGGUCCAGUACAGCCAAGAGCCCGAGGCUAGUUUCUAUCUGAACACCUACACCACAAAGGAAGAGGUUCUGGAACAUGUCCGCGGUCUGAGGCACAAAGGAGGGAGACCCCUCAACACCGGGUCAGCCCUCCAGUAUGUGAGAGACAGUGUCCUCAGUGAUUCCUCUGGCAGUAGACGCCUGCAGGGUGUCCCACAGAUACUGAUUUUACUGAACGGUGGAAGGUCUUCUGACAAUGUGGACACGCCAGCCUCUGCUCUUAGGGAGCUGGGAGUGAAAAUCUUUACCAUUGGCAACAGAUACUCUGACAGCAGAGAAUUGCAGAGGAUUUCAAAAGAGCCUAGCAAUGCAGUGUCAGUGUCUGACUUCAGUGACCUCCCCAGUGUUCAGGAGCAGCUCUUGGAUUCCGUAGAAACCGUUGUCGUCUCUGUGACACCAACAACCCCAACUGUCUUAGUUGACCAAACCGCACCCAGAAAGGAUGUUGUAUUCCUGCUGGAUGGCUCUGAUUACACUAGGAAUGCCUUCCCAGCUAUGAAGGACUUUGUUCAGAGGGUAGUGGAGAAGCUAAAUGUGAUGGAGAACAGAGAUCGUGUGUCUGUGGUCCAAUACAGCAGAGACCCAGAGGCCCAUUUCUAUCUGAACACAUACACAGGAAAGGAAGAAACUCUUGACGCUGUGAGAGCUCUGAGGCACAAAGGAGGCAGGCCCCUCAACACCGGGGCGGCUCUCCAGUACGUGAGAGACAGCGCCUUCUCUCCUUCCGCUGGCAGCAGACGGCAAGAGGGUGUUCCUCAAAUUCUAAUCCUGCUGAGCGGAGCGAGGUCUAGCGAUAACGUAGACACCCCAGCCACCUCUCUCAAAGAGAGUGGCGUCUUAAUCUUUGCUAUUGGCACCAAAAAUUCCAGCCGAGAGGUUGAGAAGAUUUCUUCCGAUCCUACCUAUGCCCAGUUUGUGUCAGACUUUUCGGAGCUGCCAAAUGUCCAGCAGCAAUUCCUGGCCUCUGUGAACACUGCUGUCUUGGAGGUAACACAGACAUCACCACCGGUUUUGGUUGACAGAAGAAUCCCCCGAAAAGACGUGGUGUUCAUGCUGGAUGGUUCCGAUGGAACAAGGAACGUGUUCCCAGCAGUGCUUGACUUUGUUCAGAGAGUGGUGGAGAAACUAAAUGUGGGUGAGGGCAAAGACCGUGUGUCUGUGGUCCAGUACAGCAGAGACCCAGUGGCCCACUUCUACCUAAACACCCACUCAAGGAAGGAAGAUGUUCUUGAGAAUGUUAGAAGUCUGAGACAUAAAGGAGGAAGGCCCCUCAACACUGGUGCAGCUCUCCAGUAUGUGAGGGAGAACGUGUUCACAGCCUCCUCCGGUUCUAGACGCUUAGAAGGUGUGCCACAAAUGCUGAUCCUGCUUAGCGGUGGAAAGUCUUUUGACAGUGUGGACGCUCCAGCCUCGGCUCUUAAACAGCUGGGAGUGCAGAUCCUUCCAAUUGGAAGCAGGAACUCUGACAGCAGAGAGCUGCAGAGGAUCUCACACGACCCUAGUUACGCAAUGUCAGUGUCCGACUUCAGUGACCUUCCAAGUGUUCAACAGCAACUUCUCUCUGUCGUGAGCCCAGUAGUAGUGGAGGCCACUCCCAAAACACCGACAGUCAUAGUCGAGGGCCGUGCUGCCAGGAGAGACGUCAUACUCCUCCUUGAUGGUUCAGACGGAAAUAGGAAUGGAUUCCCCGCCAUGCGUGACUUUGUUCAGAGAGUGGUGGAGAAACUCCAUGUGGAUGAAGGCAGAGACCGAGUUUCUGUGGUCCAGUACAGCCAAGAGCCCGAGGCUAGUUUCUAUCUGAACACCUACACCACAAAGGAAGAGGUUCUGGAACAUGUCCGCGGUCUGAGGCACAAAGGAGGGAGACCCCUCAACACCGGGUCAGCCCUCCAGUAUGUGAGAGACAGUGUCCUCAGUGAUUCCUCUGGCAGUAGACGCCUGCAGGGUGUCCCACAGAUACUGAUUUUACUGAACGGUGGAAGGUCUUCUGACAAUGUGGACACGCCAGCCUCUGCUCUUUGGGAGCUGGGAGUGAAAAUCUUUACCAUUGGCAACAGAUACUCUGACAGCAGAGAAUUGCAGAGGAUUUCAAAAGAGCCUAGCAAUGCAGUGUCAGUGUCUGACUUCAGUGACCUCCCCAGUGUUCAGGAGCAGCUCUUGGAUUCCGUAGAAACCGUUGUCGUCUCUGUGACACCAACAACCCCAACUGUCUUAGUUGACCAAACCGCACCCAGAAAGGAUGUUGUAUUCCUGCUUGAUGGCUCUGAUUACACUAGGAAUGCCUUCCCAGCUAUGAAGGACUUUGUUCAGAGGGUAGUGGAGAAGCUAAAUGUGAUGGAGAACAGAGAUCGUGUGUCUGUGGUCCAAUACAGCAGAGACCCAGAGGCCCAUUUCUAUCUGAACACAUACACAGGAAAGGAAGAAACUCUUGACGCUGUGAGAGCUCUGAGGCACAAAGGAGGCAGGCCCCUCAACACCGGGGCGGCUCUCCAGUACGUGAGAGACAGCGCCUUCUCUCCUUCCGCUGGCAGCAGACGGCAAGAGGGUGUUCCUCAAAUUCUAAUCCUGCUGAGCGGAGCGAGGUCUAGCGAUAACGUAGACACCCCAGCCACCUCUCUCAAAGAGAGUGGCGUCUUAAUCUUUGCUAUUGGCACCAAAAAUUCCAGCCGAGAGGUUGAGAAGAUUUCUUCCGAUCCUACCUAUGCCCAGUCUGUGUCAGACUUUUCGGAGCUGCCAAAUGUCCAGCAGCAAUUCCUGGCCUCUGUGAACACUGCUGUCUUGGAGGUAACACAGACAUCACCACCGGUUUUGGUUGACAGAAGAAUCCCCCGAAAAGACGUGGUGUUCAUGCUGGAUGGUUCCGAUGGAACAAGGAACGUGUUCCCAGCAGUGCUUGACUUUGUUCAGAGAGUGGUGGAGAAACUAAAUGUGGGUGAGGGCAAAGACCGUGUGUCUGUGGUCCAGUACAGCAGAGACCCAGUGGCCCACUUCUACCUAAACACCCACUCAAGGAAGGAAGAUGUUCUUGAGAAUGUUAGAAGUCUGAGACAUAAAGGAGGAAGGCCCCUCAACACUGGUGCAGCUCUCCAGUAUGUGAGGGAGAACGUGUUCACAGCCUCCUCCGGUUCUAGACGCUUAGAAGGUGUGCCACAAAUGCUGAUCCUGCUUAGCGGUGGAAAGUCUUUUGACAGCGUGGACGCUCCAGCCUCGGCUCUUAAACAGCUGGGAGUGCAGAUCCUUCCAAUUGGAAGCAGGAACUCUGACAGCAGAGAGCUGCAGAGGAUCUCACACGACCCUAGUUACGCAAUGUCAGUGUCCGACUUCAGUGACCUUCCAAGUGUUCAACAGCAACUUCUCUCUGUCGUGAGCCCAGUAGUAGUGGAGGCCACUCCCAAAACACCGACAGUCAUAGCCGAGGGCCGUGCUGCCAGGAGAGACGUCAUACUCCUCCUUGAUGGUUCAGACGGAAAUAGGAAUGGAUUCCCCGCCAUGCGUGACUUUGUUCAGAGAGUGGUGGAGAAACUCCAUGUGGAUGAAGGCAGAGACCGCGUUUCUGUGGUCCAGUACAGCCAAGAGCCCGAGGCUAGUUUCUAUCUGAACACCUACACCACAAAGGAAGAGGUUCUGGAACAUGUCCGCGGUCUGAGGCACAAAGGAGGGAGACCCCUCAACACCGGGUCAGCCCUCCAGUAUGUGAGAGACAGUGUCCUCAGUGAUUCCUCUGGCAGUAGACGCCUGCAGGGUGUCCCACAGAUACUGAUUUUACUGAACGGUGGAAAGUCUUCUGACAGUGUGGACACGCCAGCCUCUGCUCUUAGGGAGCUGGGAGUGAAAAUCUUUACCAUUGGCAACAGAUACUCUGACAGCAGAGAAUUGCAGAGGAUUUCAAAAGAGCCUAGCAAUGCAGUGUCAGUGUCUGACUUCAGUGACCUCCCCAGUGUUCAGGAGCAGCUCUUGGAUUCCGUAGAAACCGUUGUCGUCUCUGUGACACCAACAACCCCAACUGUCUUAGUUGACCAAACCGCACCCAGAAAGGAUGUUGUAUUCCUGCUGGAUGGCUCUGAUUACACUAGGAAUGCCUUCCCAGCUAUGAAGGACUUUGUUCAGAGGGUAGUGGAGAAGCUAAAUGUGAUGGAGAACAGAGAUCGUGUGUCUGUGGUCCAAUACAGCAGAGACCCAGAGGCCCAUUUCUAUCUGAACACAUACACAGGAAAGGAAGAAACUCUUGACGCUGUGAGAGCUCUGAGGCACAAAGGAGGCAGGCCCCUCAACACCGGGGCGGCUCUCCAGUACGUGAGAGACAGCGCCUUCUCUCCUUCCGCUGGCAGCAGACGGCAAGAGGGUGUUCCUCAAAUUCUAAUCCUGCUGAGCGGAGCGAGGUCUAGCGAUAACGUAGACACCCCAGCCACCUCUCUCAAAGAGAGUGGCGUCUUAAUCUUUGCUAUUGGCACCAAAAAUUCCAGCCGAGAGGUUGAGAAGAUUUCUUCCGAUCCUACCUAUGCCCAGUCUGUGUCAGACUUUUCGGAGCUGCCAAAUGUCCAGCAGCAAUUCCUGGCCUCUGUGAACACUGCUGUCUUGGAGGUAACACAGACAUCACCACCGGUUUUGGUUGACAGAAGAAUCCCCCGAAAAGACGUGGUGUUCAUGCUGGAUGGUUCCGAUGGAACAAGGAACGUGUUCCCAGCAGUGCUUGACUUUGUUCAGAGAGUGGUGGAGAAACUAAAUGUGGGUGAGGGCAAAGACCGUGUGUCUGUGGUCCAGUACAGCAGAGACCCAGUGGCCCACUUCUACCUAAACACCCACUCAAGGAAGGAAGAUGUUCUUGAGAAUGUUAGAAGUCUGAGACAUAAAGGAGGAAGGCCCCUCAACACUGGUGCAGCUCUCCAGUAUGUGAGGGAGAACGUGUUCACAGCCUCCUCCGGUUCUAGACGCUUAGAAGGUGUGCCACAAAUGCUGAUCCUGCUUAGCGGUGGAAAGUCUUUUGACAGCGUGGACGCUCCAGCCUCGGCUCUUAAACAGCUGGGAGUGCAGAUCCUUCCAAUUGGAAGCAGGAACUCUGACAGCAGAGAGCUGCAGAGGAUCUCACACGACCCUAGUUACGCAAUGUCAGUGUCCGACUUCAGUGACCUUCCAAGUGUUCAACAGCAACUUCUCUCUGUCGUGAGCCCAGUAGUAGUGGAGGCCACUCCCAAAACACCGACAGUCAUAGUCGAGGGCCGUGCUGCCAGGAGAGACGUCAUACUCCUCCUUGAUGGUUCAGACGGAAAUAGGAAUGGAUUCCCCGCCAUGCGUGACUUUGUUCAGAGAGUGGUGGAGAAACUCCAUGUGGAUGAAGGCAGAGACCGAGUUUCUGUGGUCCAGUACAGCCAAGAGCCCGAGGCUAGUUUCUAUCUGAACACCUACACCACAAAGGAAGAGGUUCUGGAACAUGUCCGCGGUCUGAGGCACAAAGGAGGGAGACCCCUCAACACCGGGUCAGCCCUCCAGUAUGUGAGAGACAGUGUCCUCAGUGAUUCCUCUGGCAGUAGACGCCUGCAGGGUGUCCCACAGAUACUGAUUUUACUGAACGGUGGAAGGUCUUCUGACAAUGUGGACACGCCAGCCUGUGCUCUUUGGGAGCUGGGAGUGAAAAUCUUUACCAUUGGCAACAGAUACUCUGACAGCAGAGAAUUGCAGAGGAUUUCAAAAGAGCCUAGCAAUGCAGUGUCAGUGUCUGACUUCAGUGACCUCCCCAGUGUUCAGGAGCAGCUCUUGGAUUCCGUAGAAACCGUUGUCGUCUCUGUGACACCAACAACCCCAACUGUCUUAGUUGACCAAACCGCACCCAGAAAGGAUGUUGUAUUCCUGCUUGAUGGCUCUGAUUACACUAGGAAUGCCUUCCCAGCUAUGAAGGACUUUGUUCAGAGGGUAGUGGAGAAGCUAAAUGUGAUGGAGAACAGAGAUCGUGUGUCUGUGGUCCAAUACAGCAGAGACCCAGAGGCCCAUUUCUAUCUGAACACAUACACAGGAAAGGAAGAAACUCUUGACGCUGUGAGAGCUCUGAGGCACAAAGGAGGCAGGCCCCUCAACACCGGGGCGGCUCUCCAGUACGUGAGAGACAGCGCCUUCUCUCCUUCCGCUGGCAGCAGACGGCAAGAGGGUGUUCCUCAAAUUCUAAUCCUGCUGAGCGGAGCGAGGUCUAGCGAUAACGUAGACACCCCAGCCACCUCUCUCAAAGAGAGUGGCGUCUUAAUCUUUGCUAUUGGCACCAAAAAUUCCAGCCGAGAGGUUGAGAAGAUUUCUUCCGAUCCUACCUAUGCCCAGUCUGUGUCAGACUUUUCGGAGCUGCCAAAUGUCCAGCAGCAAUUCCUGGCCUCUGUGAACACUGCUGUCUUGGAGGUAACACAGACAUCACCACCGGUUUUGGUUGACAGAAGAAUCCCCCGAAAAGACGUGGUGUUCAUGCUGGAUGGUUCCGAUGGAACAAGGAACGUGUUCCCAGCAGUGCUUGACUUUGUUCAGAGAGUGGUGGAGAAACUAAAUGUGGGUGAGGGCAAAGACCGUGUGUCUGUGGUCCAGUACAGCAGAGACCCAGUGGCCCACUUCUACCUAAACACCCACUCAAGGAAGGAAGAUGUUCUUGAGAAUGUUAGAAGUCUGAGACAUAAAGGAGGAAGGCCCCUCAACACUGGUGCAGCUCUCCAGUAUGUGAGGGAGAACGUGUUCACAGCCUCCUCCGGUUCUAGACGCUUAGAAGGUGUGCCACAAAUGCUGAUCCUGCUUAGCGGUGGAAAGUCUUUUGACAGCGUGGACGCUCCAGCCUCGGCUCUUAAACAGCUGGGAGUGCAGAUCCUUCCAAUUGGAAGCAGGAACUCUGACAGCAGAGAGCUGCAGAGGAUCUCACACGACCCUAGUUACGCAAUGUCAGUGUCCGACUUCAGUGACCUUCCAAGUGUUCAACAGCAACUUCUCUCUGUCGUGAGCCCAGUAGUAGUGGAGGCCACUCCCAAAACACCGACAGUCAUAGCCGAGGGCCGUGCUGCCAGGAGAGACGUCAUACUCCUCCUUGAUGGUUCAGACGGAAAUAGGAAUGGAUUCCCCGCCAUGCGUGACUUUGUUCAGAGAGUGGUGGAGAAACUCCAUGUGGAUGAAGGCAGAGACCGCGUUUCUGUGGUCCAGUACAGCCAAGAGCCCGAGGCUAGUUUCUAUCUGAACACCUACACCACAAAGGAAGAGGUUCUGGAACAUGUCCGCGGUCUGAGGCACAAAGGAGGGAGACCCCUCAACACCGGGUCAGCCCUCCAGUAUGUGAGAGACAGUGUCCUCAGUGAUUCCUCUGGCAGUAGACGCCUGCAGGGUGUCCCACAGAUACUGAUUUUACUGAACGGUGGAAAGUCUUCUGACAGUGUGGACACGCCAGCCUCUGCUCUUAGGGAGCUGGGAGUGAAAAUCUUUACCAUUGGCAACAGAUACUCUGACAGCAGAGAAUUGCAGAGGAUUUCAAAAGAGCCUAGCAAUGCAGUGUCAGUGUCUGACUUCAGUGACCUCCCCAGUGUUCAGGAGCAGCUCUUGGAUUCCGUAGAAACCGUUGUCGUCUCUGUGACACCAACAACCCCAACUGUCUUAGUUGACCAAACCGCACCCAGAAAGGAUGUUGUAUUCCUGCUGGAUGGCUCUGAUUACACUAGGAAUGCCUUCCCAGCUAUGAAGGACUUUGUUCAGAGGGUAGUGGAGAAGCUAAAUGUGAUGGAGAACAGAGAUCGUGUGUCUGUGGUCCAAUACAGCAGAGACCCAGAGGCCCAUUUCUAUCUGAACACAUACACAGGAAAGGAAGAAACUCUUGACGCUGUGAGAGCUCUGAGGCACAAAGGAGGCAGGCCCCUCAACACCGGGGCGGCUCUCCAGUACGUGAAAGACAGCGCCUUCUCUCCUUCCGCUGGCAGCAGACGGCAAGAGGGUGUUCCUCAAAUUCUAAUCCUGCUGAGCGGAGCGAGGUCUAGCGAUAACGUAGACACCCCAGCCACCUCUCUCAAAGAGAGUGGCGUCUUAAUCUUUGCUAUUGGCACCAAAAAUUCCAGCCGAGAGGUUGAGAAGAUUUCUUCCGAUCCUACCUAUGCCCAGUCUGUGUCAGACUUUUCGGAGCUGCCAAAUGUCCAGCAGCAAUUCCUGGCCUCUGUGAACACUGCUGUCUUGGAGGUAACACAGACAUCACCACCGGUUUUGGUUGACAGAAGAAUCCCCCGAAAAGACGUGGUGUUCAUGCUGGAUGGUUCCGAUGGAACAAGGAACGUGUUCCCAGCAGUGCUUGACUUUGUUCAGAGAGUGGUGGAGAAACUAAAUGUGGGUGAGGGCAAAGACCGUGUGUCUGUGGUCCAGUACAGCAGAGACCCAGUGGCCCACUUCUACCUAAACACCCACUCAAGGAAGGAAGAUGUUCUUGAGAAUGUUAGAAGUCUGAGACAUAAAGGAGGAAGGCCCCUCAACACUGGUGCAGCUCUCCAGUAUGUGAGGGAGAACGUGUUCACAGCCUCCUCCGGUUCUAGACGCUUAGAAGGUGUGCCACAAAUGCUGAUCCUGCUUAGCGGUGGAAAGUCUUUUGACAGCGUGGACGCUCCAGCCUCGGCUCUUAAACAGCUGGGAGUGCAGAUCCUUCCAAUUGGAAGCAGGAACUCUGACAGCAGAGAGCUGCAGAGGAUCUCACACGACCCUAGUUACGCAAUGUCAGUGUCCGACUUCAGUGACCUUCCAAGUGUUCAACAGCAACUUCUCUCUGUCGUGAGCCCAGUAGUAGUGGAGGCCACUCCCAAAACACCGACAGUCAUAGUCGAGGGCCGUGCUGCCAGGAGAGACGUCAUACUCCUCCUUGAUGGUUCAGACGGAAAUAGGAAUGGAUUCCCCGCCAUGCGUGACUUUGUUCAGAGAGUGGUGGAGAAACUCCAUGUGGAUGAAGGCAGAGACCGCGUUUCUGUGGUCCAGUACAGCCAAGAGCCCGAGGCUAGUUUCUAUCUGAACACCUACACCACAAAGGAAGAGGUUCUGGAACAUGUCCGCGGUCUGAGGCACAAAGGAGGGAGACCCCUCAACACCGGGUCAGCCCUCCAGUAUGUGAGAGACAGUGUCCUCAGUGAUUCCUCUGGCAGUAGACGCCUGCAGGGUGUCCCACAGAUACUGAUUUUACUGAACGGUGGAAGGUCUUCUGACAAUGUGGACACGCCAGCCUCUGCUCUUAGGGAGCUGGGAGUGAAAAUCUUUACCAUUGGCAACAGAUACUCUGACAGCAGAGAAUUGCAGAGGAUUUCAAAAGAGCCUAGCAAUGCAGUGUCAGUGUCUGACUUCAGUGACCUCCCCAGUGUUCAGGAGCAGCUCUUGGAUUCCGUAGAAACCGUUGUCGUCUCUGUGACACCAACAACCCCAACUGUCUUAGUUGACCAAACCGCACCCAGAAAGGAUGUUGUAUUCCUGCUGGAUGGCUCUGAUUACACUAGGAAUGCCUUCCCAGCUAUGAAGGACUUUGUUCAGAGGGUAGUGGAGAAGCUAAAUGUGAUGGAGAACAGAGAUCGUGUGUCUGUGGUCCAAUACAGCAGAGACCCAGAGGCCCAUUUCUAUCUGAACACAUACACAGGAAAGGAAGAAACUCUUGACGCUGUGAGAGCUCUGAGGCACAAAGGAGGCAGGCCCCUCAACACCGGGGCGGCUCUCCAGUACGUGAGAGACAGCGCCUUCUCUCCUUCCGCUGGCAGCAGACGGCAAGAGGGUGUUCCUCAAAUUCUAAUCCUGCUGAGCGGAGCGAGGUCUAGCGAUAACGUAGACACCCCAGCCACCUCUCUCAAAGAGAGUGGCGUCUUAAUCUUUGCUAUUGGCACCAAAAAUUCCAGCCGAGAGGUUGAGAAGAUUUCUUCCGAUCCUACCUAUGCCCAGUCUGUGUCAGACUUUUCGGAGCUGCCAAAUGUCCAGCAGCAAUUCCUGGCCUCUGUGAACACUGCUGUCUUGGAGGUAACACAGACAUCACCACCGGUUUUGGUUGACAGAAGAAUCCCCCGAAAAGACGUGGUGUUCAUGCUGGAUGGUUCCGAUGGAACAAGGAACGUGUUCCCAGCAGUGCUUGACUUUGUUCAGAGAGUGGUGGAGAAACUAAAUGUGGGUGAGGGCAAAGACCGUGUGUCUGUGGUCCAGUACAGCAGAGACCCAGUGGCCCACUUCUACCUAAACACCCACUCAAGGAAGGAAGAUGUUCUUGAGAAUGUUAGAAGUCUGAGACAUAAAGGAGGAAGGCCCCUCAACACUGGUGCAGCUCUCCAGUAUGUGAGGGAGAACGUGUUCACAGCCUCCUCCGGUUCUAGACGCUUAGAAGGUGUGCCACAAAUGCUGAUCCUGCUUAGCGGUGGAAAGUCUUUUGACAGCGUGGACGCUCCAGCCUCGGCUCUUAAACAGCUGGGAGUGCAGAUCCUUCCAAUUGGAAGCAGGAACUCUGACAGCAGAGAGCUGCAGAGGAUCUCACACGACCCUAGUUACGCAAUGUCAGUGUCCGACUUCAGUGACCUUCCAAGUGUUCAACAGCAACUUCUCUCUGUCGUGAGCCCAGUAGUAGUGGAGGCCACUCCCAAAACACCGACAGUCAUAGGUAAGAACACAUGUGUCUGUUGUGUCUUUUUUGUGCCAUGCUGCAGGAUGAUGUAGUUGUGUUAGCUAAAGAAAACAAAAACUGUUAGCUCAUUUACUCAGUCUGACAUUAGGGCCAAAACAGGGCUUGAUGCCCGUGGAAUUAGUUGCAAAGUGUGCUUGGCA